UUGACUGUUGUAACGGACAGAGAAGCUGAAAGGUGGUGUGCUCCCUCCCACCACCCCCACUCCACCCUCUCUCUCUCUCUCAUCCAUCGUCUCCAUUAUUUUCUCUCUCCCCCGUCUCCACCUCCCUCCCCCCUUUAUUCUCUCCCCCUCCCCAGCUCCUCCCUGUCUGCUUCCCUCCCCUGCUGUGGCACUGCGCCUGGCCGCUUGCCCUCUCCCCCUCACCUUCACCUCCCCCAUCCCGCAACCGCACGAGCGUUCCCUCACCAAGAGGAGAAAAAAAGAGGGAGCGAAGGAGGCAAACCAGGCGGCGGGACAGCAACGCGACGUGCUUGCCAUUCUCUCGAGGAGCUCAUGCAAGGUGUAAGUCUUACUGCAAGAAGGGCAGUUGUGCAUGUUAUUAAGACCCAAAUAUAGCCUCACUUGAUUACACUGCACGGGGGGUUGAAAACUUGAGAUACAGUUGAUCUUCUGGUUAAGAGUAUGGCUUCAAGGUUAUCACAUCAGCUGAGCAAUGGCCUGUAUGUUUCUGGUCGACCUGAGCAACCUAAGGAGAAGGCCCCAACCAUUUGUUCCACUGCGAUGCCAUAUACUGGGGGUGACAUCAAGAAAUCUGGAGAGCUGGGGAAGAUGUUUGAUCUUCAUGUUGAGAAGUCAAGAAAAUCUGGUCCUCUAGGAAAUGCUCCUUCAAGAAAUACUUCAUUUGGCGGUGCUGCUUCCAACUCUGGACCCGUCUCCAAUGCUGGUGGUCGUUCCAACUACUCUGGUUCUCUUUCAUCUUCAGUUCCUGGUGCUGGCGGAUCAGCCAGAGCAAAAUCAAACUCCGGACCGCUCAAUAAACAUGGAGAGCCAACAAAGAGGUCAUCUGGUCCCCAGUCUGGAGGAGUGACCCCAAUGGCACGCCAGAACUCUGGCCCCCUUCCACCUGUGCUUCCGACAACUGGGCUUAUCACAUCUGGGCCUAUCUCUUCAGGGCCACUUAACUCGUCUGGUGCUCCAAGGAAAGUAUCUGGGCCACUUGAUUCUGCUGCAUCGAUGAAAAUGCGGGCUACUUCCUUUGCUCACAAUCAAGCUGUUACUAAUCUCAACACUGAAGAUGGUUACUCAAUUCAGGGAAGCUUUCCGAAGCCAAUACUCUGGGCUGUGAUUCUGCUCUUUGUGAUGGGUUUCAUAGCAGGUGGCUUCAUUCUGGGUGCUGUUCACAAUGCAAUUUUGCUGAUAGUUGUUGUGGUGAUAUUUGGUUUUGUUGCUGCACUUCUUAUCUGGAAUGCUUGCUGGGGUAGGAGAGGCGCAAUUGGGUUUGUUAAUCGCUAUCCUGAUGCUGAUCUCAGGACUGCCAAAGAUGGACAGUAUGUAAAGGUUACAGGGGUGGUUACUUGUGGAAAUUUCCCCCUCGAAUCCUCGUUCCAAAGGGUUCCAAGAUGUGUAUACACUUCUACUAGCUUGUAUGAGUACAGGGGUUGGGAUUCCAAAGCUGCCAAUACUGAGCAUCGGCGUUUUACCUGGGGUUUACGCUCAAUGGAGCGACAUGCGGUUGAUUUCUACAUCUCAGAUUUUCAGUCUGGGCUUCGAGCAUUGGUGAAAACAGGAUAUGGUGCACGUGUGACCCCUUACGUCGAUGAAUCUGUUAUAAUUGACAUCAAUCCAGACAACAAGGAUAUGUCCCCUGAUUUUUUGAGAUGGCUAAGGGAGAGAAACCUUUCAAGCGAUGAUCGGACAAUGCGCCUAAAAGAAGGAUACAUCAAGGAAGGUAGCACUGUGAGUGUGAUGGGGGUUGUCCAAAGGAACGACAAUGUUCUGAUGAUUGUUCCUCCAUCAGAGCCCAUCUCAACUGGUUGUCAGUGGACCAAGUGUGUUCUCCCAACCAACCUUGACGGGCUUGUUUUAAGAUGCGAAGAUACUUCGAACAUUGAUGUGAUACCAGUUUAACUGGCGGUGGAAGAGUCGUUGCCAAAGAAAGUGCCUGUUAAAUAUUUGAAUCUGUAUUGUUUCAUGGAAUGCUAGUUGAGAGAAAUGUGCAAAUGUUGGGUGUGAUUAUGGCAGGUUGAGGGUGGUUGGUUAAGCAGGCCGUUGGAUGUAUAGUUCUUUUUUCUUUUAAUUGUGUUUUGUCAUUUCUUUUUCUUUUUAAUUUUCAGCUGAGAUCUGAAACUUGUGUAACCAGAUGCCUCUUAAUCUAAAUCUGCGUGGCACUUAGAUUGAUUUGGUUUUGAAGUUAGAAGUUUGUUCUCUUUUGUGCUUUGUGUUAA